AUGUCUUAUACUACUCGUCAAGUUGGUGCUGCAAAUACUUUAGAUUAUAAAGUUUACAUUGAAAAAGAUGGAAAGCCAGUUUCACCAUUUCAUGAUAUUCCAUUAUACGCUAAUGAAGAUAAAACAAUUUUAAAUAUGAUUGUUGAAGUUCCUAGAUGGACAAAUGCUAAAUUAGAAAUUUCAAAAGAUCAAAAAUUAAACCCAAUUGUUCAAGACACCAAAAAAGGAAAAUUAAGAUUUGUUCGUAAUUGUUUCCCACACCAUGGUUAUAUUCACAAUUAUGGUGCUUUUCCACAAACUUGGGAAGAUCCAAAUGUCAUUCAUUCAGAAACUAAAGCUAAAGGUGACAAUGAUCCGUUAGAUGUUUGUGAAAUUGGUGAAAGAGUUGCAAAUGUUGGUGAAGUUAAACAAGUUAAAGUUUUAGGUGUUAUGGCAUUAUUAGAUGAAGGUGAAACUGAUUGGAAAGUUAUUGUUAUUGAUGUAAAUGAUCCAUUAGCUCCAAAAUUGAAUGACAUUGAAGAUGUCGAAACUCAUUUACCAGGUUUAUUAAGAGCAACAAAUGAAUGGUUUAGAAUUUAUAAAAUUCCUGAUGGAAAACCAGAAAAUCAAUUUGCUUUCUCAGGUGAAUGUAAAAAUAAAAAAUAUGCUGAAGAAGUUAUUACUGAAUGUGCUGAAGCUUGGGAAACUUUAAUAAAAGGUGAAUCAGUUGAUUCAAAAGGAAUUGAUUUAACAAACUCAACUUUAACUAAUGUUCCUACUUAUUCUGAAGCUUCAGUUCAAGAAAUUCCUUCAGCUUCACCUCAACCAGCUGCUCCAAUUGAUAAAUCUAUCGACAAAUGGUUCUUCAUCUCUGGUGCUCAUUAG